GUCGCACAGUAACGUAUGCCUUGUAGUGGUGGAACUGAGGUAUUUUUUCAUGCGCUACUAUUUAUAAUCGAGAGUAUGUUGUCUUCUGGUAGUAGUGGUAGUGAUAGUGAUACCCAAAGUACGCCCGAAGGUAGUCCUUAUCAAAGGGAUGAACAGAAGGUUCAAACAUUGCCGGUUCGGAAGGACAGUGAUAUAGUAGGCGGGAAAAUAAAGACCUAUUGUUGUCCAGUGGAUUUUACCUGCUGCAAUUAUUCCCCACAGAAAAGUUUAACUCUGGACAUAAUUGAUCGCCCUUCGACAGAACUGUGGCUAAUAAAAGCACCACCUGAUUUUGACCCUUCUAGUCUUUCUAAAAAGAAGAUUCCACUAGUUGGGUGUCGGAGUUUUGAAACUAAUGAAGAUGGAAAUAAGAAGGUUUAUAAUUCUUUCAGCAUUGUUAAAGAAGUAACUGGCACAGUUUUGAUAACCGAGACACCUGAUACCAGUAGAGUAUGUAAAAGAUCUUUUUUGGGGUGCAUUAACAUUAGAGAAAGUUGUGGAGAUGAAAAUGUGAAAAGCCCAUUAAAAACUGUACCAGCAAGCCAAACUCUCCACAUCCAUGAGGGGCUUAAGCAGCGAUUUCAGCCAUUUGGAACAACAAAAGUAAAGAAACCAUUUAAAAUGGAAAAGAAUGCUGAGGAACACAGGAAGAGAGCGCUGUUCAAACAUACAUAUUCAGAACACAUCAAAAAAGGCACAGUACAUAGUAAGGCACUUAAGUCUUCAGCAUCCCGGGAGCCAGUAAUAGAACAGGCUCAAGGAGAAUCAAAGGCAACGUCCCCCAAAAAUGUGAAGAGAAUGAAAAUGUCAGAGCCAGUGAGCAAGGAUGUAGAACCUCAUCAUGAAAAGAAGAAACUCAAAGUGAAACAUCGCCAUAGAAGUAAUAAGAAUGAUCAGUGAGAAUGGCUUUUACUCAUUCUCCUGUAGUUAUGUUCUAUGCCAUGUAUUUUGUCGAAUCAUCUGUCUGAAGUACAAGGGGUAAAGAAUUAUACAAACUGCUCCAAGUCUUCUGUCUUUAGAAGUGGGACCCAGUAGUGAAUUAUAUGUUUUGUAAACUAAAUUAAGACAUAGCAGGAUGAAUUUGUUGACUGAAAAUAAAAUCAUUUCAUUGCU